AUGGCUUCAAAGCCCCCACAGAAAGUCAAUCUCUACUCAUUACCAGAACUCCGCUCCGCCGUCGACGAAGCCAUCCCAGACUACCUCACCACCCUCCCCAAACCCUACGCAUUCGCCCAAGACCACGCCUACCCCAAUGUCCGCCUCGCCCUAGGCUACACCGCAGUCCUGAUCGCUGGCGCUCUGUUCGCCGUUGACUGGAAGUAUGGCUGGGAAGUUACGAAACCCUACACGUUACCAGCAUGCGUCGCGUACUUCCUACUGAACGGCGCAAUGACGCUGUGGAUUUGGGCUGUCGAGAGCGGGACGAUAUUUCAGGGAAGGAGGGAAGGUGGCCAGAAGCUGAAACUGGCAUCGCACGUCCAAAAACCAAACCCAGAAUACAUCCUCACCACGACCUACUCCAGCCCUCAAGGCGACAAAGUCUGGCAAAACAGCGUAACCUCCAUACCUUUCGCCCACCUUUUCAACGUCCACGGCUUCCUGCAGAAGAAGGAACUACAUAAGUUCCUCGCGAAGAAGAUCGAGGUAGUCGGACUAGCAGAUCCGAAAAGUAAGGCGGCGAGGAUGGAGUGGCAGGUCGAGGCCGGGGAGGGACUUGAGGUAGUGGAGCAGCCGGAUCGUGACAGUGGGGAGGAUGCAAUUGAGGUGGUACCGCCUUCGGGAGCCGGUGCGGCUGCAGCGGCGACGCCGUCGAAACGGGGCCCAGGCAGACCGAAGAAGAAGGCUUGA